AUGCGGACUCCCCCAGUCACCGAGGUGGAAAUCCUAUACGACCGGGAAAGCGACUCGCCGCUUCCGCGAAGCGCCAUCGACUUGACGUUCACUCAGAGCAGGCGGAGAGGACGAUUCCGUCGAGGUGAGAAGCAACAGCCCCCUCUGUUGGGAGAUGGGCUCGAUCUGGAAGAUCCCAUGGUCUCGUCUCAUGCCGGGGUCAACAGUGAGCUGGGUCAUGACGAAAAAGCUGCGAUGGAUCCCUCUCACAUUCUGAAUGGACGUGAUCGACUGAGGUAUAUUAAACCCGCAACAAUGUCAAAAACCGACAAGGCGGAGGAGAACGAAAAGCUGAAGUACGAUUUCUUCGGAUGA